AUGGCUGUGGCAACGGACAUCCUGGUGAUAUGCCUGGGCGGGCUGGGCCUUUUGCUCCUCGGCCUGGGCACUGGAUCUGAUUGCUGGAGGCAAGAUGCCAAGGACCCCCUGUCUUCGGUGGGCUUGAGCGUCCGGUGCCGGGGAUUGUGGAGCGAGUGCGUGUUUGAUAAUGUGGCCAACCUCUGGACUUGUGACAUUCCCAUUUCAUAUCUCAGUGAACAUCCAGCUGUUCUUGUGGUCACUCGGGUCUUGGUGAUUCUCUCUGGCUUCCUGACCCUUUCUGCCGUGCCUCCCUUCAUCGCGGGGAUGACAUGCACCAAGCUGAUCCGCGACAGAGUCCCUCAGAAACACAAGUUUGCCCUUGCUGCUGGGAUCCUGUUGCUCUUAGGAGGGCUUUCUGGAGCUGUUGCUAUUCUCUGGUAUGGCAUCGACACAGUCCAGAAGUAUAAGCUAGAGGUCAGCUUCGGCAUCCCUGGCGUGACUUAUGAGCUUGGCUAUUCCUACUGGAUGGCUGCUGGGGGCGUCGCUUGCACCGCUUCCAGUGGCACCUUUUUGGUCGCGGCCAGCUGUCUCGAUGCCCGGGUGCCACGGAAAGAGCGGAAUCUUCUAUGCAGCCCACCGGCCUCCAAAGGGCAGCGGACAUACCUGUGAAUGUGGAGCCCAGCAGCAUUUUGCUGUCUAGGAACUAUUGUUUGUUCAGGGUGCUGGGAACCAUAGCUCUGUGAGGGGCGAGCUUCAGUUCCCAGGAUUCUUUGCGGGGGAUCCAUGGGCUUUCAA